AUGACUAUGUACCUCCAGCACAUCACCUGCCCAGCCUCCACACCAGUGAAUGAACUAGUGGUUCUCAGGCCCAUCCUGUUUACUCUCCACAUGUUUCCCCUUGGACGUGUUAUCAGCAGACAUCGGAUGAGCAUCCAGAAGCUCCAGUACACUCAGAACUGCACUGCCAGCAUCCCGACGAGAGUGCGAAAAAACAAAUGUAUGACACCAAUUCUGCUUUCAUUCCACUGGCUCCGUGUCCCCUUCAGGAGUCACACACAAAUCCAUCAAGAGAUACCACAAACCUCCACCCGCACCAUCAUAUCUGCCAACAGUUUCUUCCUGUGGGCCAUCUGGACGUGGAGGUCACUGCUGAAUAUGCAGGAAUUAGAGGGGUUUGCUAUGCCCAGAAAAUCCCCUAUUUUUGAUGGCUUCGCCCUCUUAUGGGGCAUGCUCUUUUCUGGAAUAUUCCUCACAAGUACACCAGUGAUGGCUUGUCCUACAAGCUGUCACUGCAUAGAAAAGAGCGGCAUGACUGUGGUCCAAUGUAUGUCUCGCAACUUGGAGAAGAUCCCAUCAGAUAUUCCAAGAGAUACUGUGGUCCUUCUUUUGGCAUCCAACCACAUAACCCACAUUCCUAACCACGCCUUCAAAGAACUGAACUACCUUCAGGAGUUGGACCUGUCAAACAAUGAUAUUGAAACUGUAGACGUUGGAGCAUUUCAAGGUGUCUCUGACAGCCUCCUUGUUCUGGAUUUAUCAAACAAUCGUAUCCAAAGUGUCCCCAAAGAGGCAUUUGCCCGUCUUCGAGCAAAAAUCAGCCUCUCAAACAACCCAUGGCACUGUGAGUGUACACUGCAGGAGGUCCUGAGGGAGCUGCGGUUGGACCCUGAGACAGUGAACGAGGUGAUCUGUCACACAGCGGUGCAGGAGGAAUAUGCAGGCAAAUCGGUAAUCCAGGUGCUGGACUCAGGAAUCAACUUCUGCAACUUUCACCACAAGACCACCGACGUAGCCAUGUUCAUCACCAUGUUCGGAUGGUUCACCAUGGUGAUUGCAUAUGUCAUCUACUAUGUGAGACACAAUCAGGAGGAUGCCAGGAGGCACCUGGAGUACCUCAAGUCGCUGCCCAGCAGCUCUCAGAUCAGCAAGGACUUUGACACCAUCAGCACUGUUCUCUAG